AAGUCUGUAGCCUAUACUCCCAGAAAUGUGAGUUUAGAUUUUAGGCUUUGAAGGUUGGUUAAUCCCCUCCAGUGGUUAAUACCAACAUAAAAUGUUCUCUGAUGUCAAACUUUUCCUCCCAAAUGCUUUCUUUUUUUUUUCCCCCCCUCCUUUUUUUUGCAUAUGUCAACUAUACAAAGCAGCGCUCAAUUUGAGAAAUUAGCAUUCAAACCCUCUGUAAGCACUUUAUUUUUGUCCGCUUUGUGAGCAGCUGAACACAUGUCCAGGCUGAAAUACGCUGAGCUGCUGCUUCCCGGCGCGCGUGCCAGCGCCGCCCGGCACGAGGAGCUCCCGGCCACGCAGGCGUGGGAGAAUCUGGAACUUUGUCCGGUGUCCUGAAGAGGCACUCCUGACCUCCAUCCCGGAAAAGCACAUCUGCAAAUCUCCUGCUCGACUGCAUCCCAGGGGAGAAGAUCCCAGUUAAGCCACACUGAAUCAUACCCAGCGAGACGAGCGCUCUGGUCGCUGUCAUCCCGAUCAAAAUCCGAGCCGCAUCCGAUGGCAUUCGGAAUGUCGCGGUGCGCGUUCCUUUUUCAGAGGAGCGGUGCUUAAAGCAGAGUGUGUUUUCUCUCUGCGUUAAGGAGUCGGAUUCAGCUGCUCAAAGGAAGUUGAUAAAUUGCUUUUCAUUAAGUGUCUGAGCGCCAAGGGGUUCGGUGUGUGUUCCAAGGAAAAAAUACAUUAAUUACAGCUUCUGUAGAGCAUUUAUCAAUCACGUAGUUAUAAACACUACUAAUGCAGUUAAUUGAAGGUGGAAGAAUUUACCUUUUUGAAUUUGUUGACUGUAGCAAUUCCGUGACUGGAAAGACAAAUUGGAAAUGAAAAUCAGGGGAUACUUUUAGCGGGAGCUGCUCAGUGGAGGUCAGGGCUGUUAGAGGUGGGUUACUGGGAGCUCGGUACUCCUGCUGGCAGGUUUGUGCUGUGUCUGCUGUUGAGGUGCAGGUUGCAGUAGCAGUGUUUGUUCUCCUCUCACCCACGCAGCCACGUUGUGUUUGCCAUGCAGAGGGAUGUCUCACUGCCUGUGGUACAGUUACAGCUGCCUCUGUGUCCUGCUCGUACAAUUUAUUGCUCUCUGUGUGUUGGCUUUUUUUUUUUAAAGAAAAAGGCAAGUGCAGAGGAGGAAAGAUGCACGAAAGCAGACAAAAAUGCUCUGCUCACCUGUAGUCGGUAGAACUUACCAUGAAAAAAGAAAUCUUUUGUGAAUGUAAACUUUGGGUAAAGGUGAUGUGCUGGCAGCUGCUGGAGGAGUCAGGUGAGAUAGUGCUGAAGUGUUUUAUCAGGUCUGCACACAAAAACCUGUGGUGCUUGUGGUGUGAAGAGGUUUUGAAGGCAUCUUGCACACUCGUAUUGCUUCCCUUGUGGCUGUUUUGAACUGCCAGCUGGGAGAUUGGCUGUUUUUCAUGCUUCUCAGGAAAGCCCUGAGAGUAGCAGAGACUUUUUACAGUAGCUGAUACUAAUGCAUUUCUUGUCCUUUCUUCUGUUGAGCUGUUACGAGGUGGCCUUUGAGUUUACUGGGAGAUUGAUAAGCACACUAGGUCUGUGUCAGGAUGAGCCAGCGGGACACCAGCGCCUCGUUAUGAAGGUUGACAGGAAAACACCACCCCAAGUGUCUGGUCCAGCUCUUUGGUAUUCACCUGAUGGCUUCUAUUUUCAGCUGUGUGCAGAGGAGUGAAUGCCCCAUGUUGUGUUAGUGCCUGUCUGCCAUGCUGGCCUGUCUGCCAGGACCAGGCGACCUCUCCUUUCAGCUUCUUUCUUACACGCAGAUGAACACUGGACUUCAGAAAUGGGACACUACACAGAAAAUGAGAUCUGCACAGUAUCCUACCCCAGCAGAAUUGGAUGCUUAUGCUAAGAAGGUCGCCAACAAUCCACUGACUAUAAAAAUUUUUCCAAACAGCGUCAAGGUUCCCCAGAGGAAACACAUACGCCGUACUGUGAACGGACUUGAUACUUCGGGCCAGAGGUACAGUCCCUACCCAUCUCAGGCCACCACGAAAACGGGCCUCCUGGCCAUAGUCAAAUCUCCAGCAAAAGGAAUUAUCAAAGACUUUGACGGGACACGCACGCGCCUGCUGCCGGAAGCGAUGAUGAACCCCCCUUCCACGCCCUACGUUGCACCAAGCACUUUAACCCACCCCCAGGCGCUUGCUCGCCAGCAGGCUCUCCAGCAUGCACAGACUUUGCCGCACCCCCAGGGCAUCCCGCAGCACCCUCAGGGUAUUCCACAGCCACAAAGCUUACCGCACCCUCAGGGGAUCCCGCAGGCGCUGCCGCACCCGCAGAACAUGCAGCAGCCGCAGGGCUUGCAGCACCCUCAGACCAUGGCACACCAGACUCUGCAGCACCCCCCGAAUCCUCUGCUGCAGCCGGGUUUACAUGGAAGCAGAAAGAUGCCGGAUGCAGAUGCGCCGCCGAAUGUGACCGUGUCUACCUCAACCAUUCCCCUCUCUAUGGCUGCCACCCUGCAGCAGAACCAGCCACCGGACCUGAGCAGCAUUGUGCACCAGAUUAACCAGUUCUGCCAGGCCAGAGCUGGCAUUAGCACUACCUCAGUGUGUGAGGGACAGAUUGCAAACCCCAGCCCUAUAAGUCGCAACCUGCUUAUCAAUGCAAGUACCAGGGUAUCUACUCACAAUGUCCCUACACCCAUGCCUUCCUGUGUAGUAAACCCUGUCGAUCAUGCUGCUGCUGCUAUUCCUCCUGCCUCUGUUAACGUGCCCAUGGUGAAUAUUAACAGGGUGCCGCCUGCCUACCAGAACGAAAUCAAAUCGGUUGCGUGGAACCAGCACCAGCUUGCACAUCUGCAGCAAAUGUGUGGGGAUGCUGCUGGGCCUGCUGGACUCGCAGGGAAGCACCCUCAGAGAGAGAUCGCAGGGCAGAGUUUUCCUGGCAAAACUUCCAACUACCCUCAAGAACUGUGCAUGGGCCAGUCCUUCAGCUUGAAACCCCCCAUCGAGAAGCCUACACCUUCUCCGCCUGUGAACGGGUUGCAGGGACCCUUGCCAUACACCAAUGGGCACUAUUUCCAGCCCAUCUGGAAUAACAUUCUGCCCACGCCCAACAGUGACAGCUCUGGGUCCCAGGACCUCGCCAUGCCUUUCCACGGGGGACAGCCAGCGGGAGCACCGCUGGAUUGUGCAGGAGGAACUCAUUACAGAGCUGGAGCUGGCCCAUCCAGCCAGAAUAAUGUGAUGCAGACCAUGGAUUACCUAAGCGGGGACUUCCAGCAGUCCUGCUUCCGAGACCAGAGCAUGGCCGUGCUGGGAAAAGUCCAUCGGCCUCCCAUGAACCGAGCACCUGAACCAACCGAUAGUCGAAAUCUUCAUAUUCAACACCCAGGGUAUAGAUAGGCUGCAGUCACUUUCACAGACAAAAAUUAUAGAUUUUAGUCUUAAUUUUAAUUAAUAAGCAAGGCGUUUUUAACUUGCAAACUUGUGUGAUCAUUAUAGUAACCAUUGGAAGAAGACAUACUGUAUAUUUAAGAGCUUUGCUUACAUGUUCUCUCUCUCUCCUUUAUGCAUCAAAUAUUUAACAUGCCUUUUGUGUCAAAGAAUUUCAUUACACUACUUCACGCCACAGCUGUUUCCUCACCGCAGAAUCCCCUUUGUGCAGCUUUUGCCUUCUGCUGAGCAGCUCCUCGCUGGACUGAGGUUGAGUUGCUGCAGGGUUUCGCAGUUGCAUCUGUUCACCAGCUCCAGUGAGAGCAAGGUAGUGUAGCUGCUUCCAUUUCCAUCUCAAUUUCCUCCAAGAUUAAGAGCAACAGAAUUUUGUCAGGGAGCAGGGCUUAUUUUCAACUCGAAAGCCCAUUUCAUUAAUGCAUUAAACGUUGACCAUUUGCACUGUCUAGAGGCCUGUGUAAUUGAAAAAGAGCCUACAUCUGAAAAGAGCCAGCUAGGGGUAUGUACUUAGGCAUAAUAUAGGAAGAAGCUUUCCAGCUGUUUCUUGCCCAUGUUUAUCAUUUAGACUUUGUCCAAAGUCAAAAGUCUCUGGCAGAUUUUUCUGACACUUUUGUUUUCUGGACAGGGUGUGGAGGAGGGGGAAUGAUGAGUUAAGGACACAGGCAGCAAGGCUGCCACAGGGAACUGCCUUUCUUUUGCAUCGUGUUUCCCCUCCCCACUCCCCUUCUCCAGUGUCAAAGCUAACCUUGUCUGAACCCCUCGCUGCUAGGAGUCUGGCUGUCCUGAUGUGAAGGGAGUCCAGACCCACUGACAACUCCAAAAAGGGUUCAGCCAUUUCUCUGGGAGCUGGAAUUAAUGUCAGGGUGAGGAGAUGCAGCUCCAUCCUGUCCCCAUGGCGGCAGCGGGAUGGGAGGUGGUUGAUUUUGAAGCAAAGCUCCUCUCACGAGCCACUCUGGGACCAACAGUCCCGUGUUCCUCUUCAUCCAAACACCCCAGCGGAUUCAAUGGAACAAUUCUCCUCUCUGGGAAUUAGCGAAGCUAUUUAUAACAUCCCUUUUUCCCAGGGUCUCGGUGCCUAACUCCUCCUGUUCCUUUCCCACGUCACUUCCAGCAGCUAGUCGAGUGACUGUAGGACACUAACUACUGGGUAACCUCAGCAUUGUGUUCUCCUCAGUGUACCAAAACAUCCCUUUCCUUUCUAACAGCCGAAUUUAUUGUAAGUAGAAAAUUCCUCAUCUCUGUUAACGAGACUAAUACUUGAACAUAAUGAUCACAGUCAAGUUUGGAAAUUAAAACAAAAAAAAAAAUUAAAAAAAAAAAGCAUUGAUUCUUUCUAUGUACACUGGCUAAAAAUAUUGCUCUACACUGUAACUUUUAAGUGUAAUAUUUCUGUAUGAAUGUCGCCUGGUAGUGUGGGUUUGAGUAGCAUUGUGUAUGGGUGAACCCACUGGCCUCUGCCAUCCACUGGCCUCCCUCACAACCCUUGGAAAAACAAAGCCUUAAGUAUUUGCUCCUUGAACUUUCCUUAACGAGCAUGGUUUAAAAAUCUUAAAAGACAUCAUACAAAAUUUAAAAAAAAAAAAAAAAUUUAAAAAAAAAUAACAAGUUUUGAAGUGACGUCAUAGUUGGCUAGAGAUUCUUAAAAGUUUUUCGUAAAUGGGAAAAUUAGAAAACAUUUAUUUGUAUUUUUUUAAUUUAGACGUGUAGUCCUGGGCUGUAACAAAUAUUUAGGUUUCAAAGCUUAGCAGAGUACGUUUCUGACUCCUUGCGUAAGUUAGUACACUUAUAUCAUGUCAUUAUUUAAAUUCUUUUAAGUGUACUAUAACCCGUUCUUUAGUGGUAACUCCUUAGCAAAGUUAAGCAAUUUGACUAAAGACGGAUUAAAUUAUGUGUUGGCUUGUGUUGCCUUAUAUUUAAAAAGGAAAAAUUGCCUGAUUGUGUUAUGCCAAAUGAUAGCAACAUGAAGUCCUAAUUUAUUGUUUAUAAUCGUAUUCCUGCAGUCUUUGUGAAAACUGGUAAAUAUACAUCUAUGAAAGAAAGAAAAUCCUGAGGCUUUUCAUGCAAUAUUUUUCUGAAUCCAUUCUGUUGGAGCCAGAGUUUGAGUCUGAAGCUGCUUCCCUUACAGUCACCCCUUCGUCUUCCCCGUCCCUUCCCCAAACCCAGCGAGGGCUGUGCUCUGACCUCACCCCUCCCUGCCCACUCAGUCCCUGUAAGGUGUUCUGCUACCUGAGUACGUACCUUUUUACUAAAUAAAACCUUGGCAUCUCCUCUGUUCUGUAGCCUGCUCCAAAUCUCAACCCAGACUGUUAUUAAAGGCUAAUUUUUAACUCCUGCUCUUCUCCCGAGAGCCUGAGCAGAGUCCUGUGCUGUGGUGGUGGUGGUUGCGGUGCCCGGGAAGUGUUUGUUGGUGUUGGCAGCACGUUGUGAGUUUUUGGGGACUGUUCUGCACGGGCAGUCACGGGUACAGCCACGACCUCCGAGGCUUUGCCCCGGUGCAGCAGGACCGGGAAGCAAAAAUCCUGCUGAGACUCAUCCAGGUGGGACAUUGCUUGAAAAAUAAGAAUCAUUUUACUAUUAAAAUAUACUGAAACCUUU